AUGAAGGCACCCUACUCCUUGUCCUGCCUCCUGAUGCUCAGCCUGGGCACCUGCUUCCCUCCGGAUGACCGAACAGGGCCAGGAGACCCAGGCCCAGCCCUCCCGCUCGAGCCCAGCUGGUGGGACGUGGUGGCCUGGAAGAGGAGCACCGAGGACCUGAGCUCGCUGUUCAGCAUGGCCAAGGAGCUGCAGGGCUUUGACCAGGAGCAGGCCAGCUUCGGGCAGCAGCAAGAGAGGCCAGGCGAGGAGGGUGAGGGCAUCCGCUUCCAGCCGCGGGACGACGGGGAGAAGCGCAGCGGCGUGCUGGGCAGCCUGGCCAAGGAGCUCAACGGCUACAACCGCAAGAAAGGGGGGUUCAGCUUCCGCUUCGGCAGGAGGUGACCAGCUGCCUGGUCCUGGGAUGCCCCAGGGAGGUGGGGGGCUCACCCCAAAUCAGCCCAUCAUGCCAUCCUGUUCCUUUCUUACUCUUCAGCUACAGGGGCUGGGGGAGGACGGGAUGUUUCAUAGUACUGGGUUCGCUCUGCUCCUUCCAGCUCUGUCUCACAUCCCAUCCCUGCCUACUCUGGAUGUGGCAGCCCCUUGCACCCAGGCAGGGGGGCCUAAAGGGAGGCUCCCAAACCCAAGCAUGGCACCCCACAGCUCCCCUUCCCCUGGCACGCAUCAUGCUGGCAGCCUGGGGGGCCAUGCUACGCCAUGCAUGAAAUUAGGCUGAGCUAGCUCAUCAGCCAGAGGGGAGGCAGACUGAGUGAUCACGGUGGGAUAAUCCAAGUGCUGAGAGACUCUGCAGGGACUGCCAGGAGCUGACAGCCCACAGAAGGCGGUGGAGGAAGAACGGGUCCUGCCGGGCUCCGGCUGCUCUCCCCGAGUCCCGCCGCCACGUCCAAAACUGCAGGCGACCCGGCAUGCAGUGCAGCGCCUGAUGAACCACCACCCCUGCCAGCCGUGGGGCAUGGGCCUCGAUCACUCGUGCCAUCCCCUGGGCCUGACGAGCUGUUCAGUGUCAUUACAACGCCUGCAAACCAUCCCCGGUCUGUCCGCAGU